AUGACAGAAUCCGCAGUAUCCUGUUUGGUUGAGAAGCUUUCUAUGUUCGUCGAGCAAGAGGUAAAUCUAUUGAAAGGGGUACGUGGAGAAAUUGAACUCAUUAGAGAUGAAUUUGAGCGCAUGAAGGCCUUCUUAGAGCACACUGAGUCAUCAAAAGACGAUGACCCUGAGUUGAAGGUAUGGGUGAAACAAGUAAGGGAUGUUGCAUAUGAUGUGGAGGAUAUUCUAGAUGAAUACACGCUCAACUUGGCAAGAGAUCACGGAGAUGGGGUCAUGAGGUACCUCCACAAGAUCAAGCUAUCCAUAAACAACUUGAAAGAGCGCUGUCAUCUCUCCUCCAAAAUAAUAGAUAUCAGGACAAAAGUCCUCAGCAUUAGCGAAGGGCAUCGACGAUACCAUUUCAAGUCGUAUUGCACAGAGCAAAGUGCGAGCGCAUCCAUUGGAGGCACCUCAUGGCACGAUCUUAGGGAGGACACUUUUCCAGUCGAGGAAGGUGAAUUGGUGGGGAUUGAUCAGCCAAGAGAAGAGCUUAUUAAGUGGCUUGUUGACGGAGAACCUGGACUUGAAGUUGUAUCAAUAUUAGGGAUAAGGGGUUCAGGGAAGACCACUCUGGCAGAAAGAGUGUACAACAAUCACCAAGUAAAAGCCUACUUCCAAAGCCAUGCAUGGAUUAGUGUCUCACAAUCCUAUAAGAUUCAGGAUAUUCUGAGGGACAUGAUCGAACAACUUCAUGGAGAAAUUGAGCAACGAGCCCCACGAGGAAUAGAAUCUGCGAAUAGCGUGAGGCUCAAGCAGAUAUUGAAAGACUUUUUGCACCAGAAAAGGUAUGUCAUUGUUCUAGAUGAUGUAUGGAACUUGGAAGCACUAGAAGAAGGAUUUAUUGAGGAAAGAGAACGGAUUUCACAGGAGGAGGUGGCUCAAAGAUACCUGAACGAGCUGAUAAACAGAAAUUUGGUGCAAAUUACAAAAGAAUUGCACGAACGAGUCCGGCGUCUGUCAGUCCAAUACAACUGCAACAACGCACUAAACCAACUAAAUCUCCCCAGCCUACGCUCUCUGCUCAUUUUUCAUUUAAGAACAUCGUCUAGCACAGAUGAGCAAUUCUUCCCAACUAGCUCUAAGCUGCUAAGGGUUUUAGAUUUGGGAGGAUCAUGCCUUCAUAAGUUCCCCCAAGAAAUACUAGUUUUUGUCCACUUGAAGUAUCUGAGUUUGAGAAGGAGCAACGUGCGCAUCAUUCCUAGGUCAAUUGUGAAACUCCAAAAUCUGGAGACUUUGGAUUUCGUAUCUAAGAUGCCUUUGGAGAUAACCAAGCUCAAGAAACUACAACAUCUUUUGGUGUAUAGUGAUGCAGAAAUCACAACUUCUGUACCCUUUGGCAUUAGAAAGGGAUUUUUAGCUCCCAAGGGCAUUGGAGCGCUGACGUCACUUCAGAACUUGUGCUGUGUAAAAGCUGGUGGUGGUCAAAGCAAGAAUACAAUGCAAGAGCUAGGAGGGUUAAGUCAACUAAGGAGGCUGGGUGUAAGGGACCUAAAGAAAGAUGAUGCAAAGGAACUAUGCCACUCCAUUGAGAAGAUGACCAACCUUCAAUCAUUAGAUGUGAAUGCAGAAAGUGAGUAUGACAUUAUUGAUUUGGAUUUUCUAUCUUCAGCUCCCCCAUUCCUUCGAGAUCUAUAUAUCGGAGGAUGCCUGAAGAAGCUGCCUCAUUGGCUUCCUCUGUUGACCAGUUUGACUAAAUUGCGUUUGGCAUGGACCAAAUUGAAAUCUAGCCCGCUUAUUGCUCUCCAGAAUUUGCCCAAUCUCGUGGAGCUUUAUCUGAGUAACGCCUUUGAUGGGAAAACAUUGGUUUUUGGAGAUAAAGGGUUCCCAAAGCUCAAGAAGUUAUUCUUUGCCAAUCUGGAAAAUCUUAGAUUUGCGUUGAUGAAUGGUCAGGCAAUGCCUUGCCUUCAGAGUCUCAUCAUUAUUGGAUGCAAGCACCUGGACUGGCAAUCAUUACUAGUUGUCAUCCGUGGCCUUGCUAACCUAAAGCAUCUCCAAUUCUAUGAGAUGCCAGAAGAAUUUGCUCUUGCGUUCUAUCCGUACAGUCAUAACAUAAUGAGGAAGGGUAUUAUGCAAGAGCACUAUGAGGAGGUGAUGGAACGUAACCCAAAAGUUUACUUCUUCUGGUGGAAAGAGGAUCACAGGGAGCGACAUGAUCUUAGCCUCAAUUCUUAUGAAGUCAUCAAGGGUAGGGUGAUGAGCCGUAUUGAGGUUAUUCCUAAAGUUUCGUAG